ACUCUGGGGUUUAUAUUGUUUUUUAUAACAUUAUCACAUGUUUUUUUCUCCUUAUUUGAAAAACGACUUAUAAUUCCAGAUGUCCGAUAAACGUAGUGGAGUAAAAGUGUGAUAUUUCCUUCUGAAUGGAACAAGAAUGGAAACACUUUCCAUAUUUUGUAUCCAUGUGUAAAAAAUCCCGGAGCUCUUCAGUGAUGAAUCUUGAAACCUGAAACGAUAAAUGUAUGACAGCGCCUCCGGUUUUGUCAUUUGAGCUUUGUCGCCCGUCCAUUCAGUGUCGGCGGCUGCUGCCUCGUCAGCCUUUUCUCUGUGCUGCCGUUGUGAAACACAAAAGACGCUGGUCUCUUUUCUCUGGAACAAUAACACGGCUGAAUGUGACCAGCAACAUCACUGAAACCUUUCUGUCCCCGGAGUCCCAAAAGUCACCUUUUGGUCGAUUUUCUUUUUUAUUGCUCAUCUUAUGGAACCCAAAUCGUCCAGUUUUGUUCACAUCCUGCCAAAAACAAGGGAUGAGGUCUGGUGAUGGACUGGUUGUCGUGGAAACGGACUCCUACCCCGUAAUUCAGCUGACGAGCAGAAAAUGAACAGGGAGCACGAACUGCUGUUUAAGACAAAACUUGUUUCAACGGAGCGUCUGACUAAGUUUUCAUGUUUGUGGAGGCGUCUCGUGGAUUUUUGUGGGGUCACUAGUAAGUCAGAGACAUGUCCGGGACCAAACCACGUGAGUAAACACUUUUUAUUGUUUGAGCAACGGUGAAGUUUGAUGAACAUCAGGGGGCGGAUAUUUAAUAUCAUCUGAAAAAGAGUAAUGAUGGUCUGAGGAGUUUGAUUUCACUGGUGUAGCUUGUUUAAAUUUAUUUAAGUUGUGUGUGUGUGUGUGUGUGUGUGUGUGUGUGUGUGUGUGUGUGUGUGUGUGUGUGUGUGUGUGUGUGUGUGUGUGUGUGUGUGUGUGUCGUGUCCCCGACAAGAGCUUCCAGACUCGGAUCCAGAAGACACGUCAGAGGAGCUGACAGCUGUGGUGUGUCUAGAGUCAGACCUGCAGGAUGGACAGAUGAUGGAGGUGGAGGUGGGACAUCACAGCGUGUUGUUGACGCGCUGCGAGGGCAAGUACAGCGCCAUCGGCAACCAGUGUACGCACUAUGGCGCUCCGCUCAGCAAAGGGGUUAUCUCAGGCCACAGAGUACGCUGCCCGUGGCAUGGCUCCUGUUUUAACAUCCAUACAGGAGAUUUGGAGGAGUGUCCUGGCAUGGACUGUUUACCCUGCCACAAGGUCAAAAUUCAAAACAGCAAAGUGUAUGUGUCAGUAAACAAGAAGACUCUCCGGCAGGAAAAACGAUUAAAGAGUAUGGGAGCUGCAGUACCAGGAGUUACUCACACUGUUCUGCUGCUGGGAGGAGGCGCUGCGUCUCUGAUCUGCGCUGAGACUCUACGGCAGGAAUACUUUGGCGGCAGAAUAAUCAUGGUCACCAGAGACGACCUUUUACCUUACGACAAAACCAGACUCAGCAAGGUGAUGAAUGUGGAGAGUGACAGUAUUCUGCUGAGGAGGAUGGAGUUUUUCCAUCAGUACGACAUUGAGGUGUGGCUCAGGAAAGAAGCGCUGUCAGUGGACACAGACAAGAAGAUGGUCACAUUGGACGAUGGUUCAGUCCAGAGCUACGACCAGCUCCUCAUCUCAACAGGCUGCAGAGCAAAGGGUCUGAAUGUGCCCGGCAUCAAGCUGCAGAAUGUCAAGAUGCUGGAGACGCCAGAGGACGCCCGACAAAUCCACACAGUCUGUCUGGGCUGCAACGUGGUCCUCGUGGGAACCUCGUUUGUUGGUAUGGAAGUUGCAUCUUAUCUAAUUGACAAAGCCUCCAGUGUCACAGUGAUCGGCAGCAGCGAGCUGCCGUACCAGAACACACUGGGUCCGGAAAUCGGCAAAGUCACCAUGAUGAUGCUGUCGGAGCAGAAUGUGAAAUUCUACAUGAACGAUAAUGUGACUGAGAUCAGAGGUGUCGACGGCAAGGUGAAGGAGGUCGUGCUUAAAAGUGGAAAAGUCAUUGCGGCCGAUGUUCUGAUCGUUGGCAUCGGCAUCGUCCCAAACUCUGAGCUCCUGAGAGGCAGCAACGUCCAGAUGGAUGCGAAACACUUUGUACCAGUCGACAAAUACACGCGCACCAAUGUCCCUGAUGUGUUCUGUGGGGGCGACCUCGCCACCUUCCCCCUGGCGAUGGCCAACAACCGAAUGGUCAACAUCGGACACUGGCAGAUGGCACAAGCACACGGAAGAAUAGCAGCUCUGAACAUGAUGAAUAAACCGACUGAACUCAACACAGUUCCUUUCUACUGGACCGUCCUACUGGGGAAAACAAUCCGAUAUGCAGGUUAUGGGGAGGGAUACACUGAGCUUGUGGUGAAAGGGAGGUUUGAGGACAUGAAGUUCCUGGCAUUGUACAUCAAGAACGAUGAAGUUAUUGCCGUAGCGAGUCUCAACUAUGACCCAGCAGCGUCUGCGGUGGCUGAGAGGUUCGCAUCAGGAAAAGUCAUCACGAAGAAAGAGGCUCAGUCAGAUGAUCUGAGCUGGCUGCAGCUGUCCUGAUCUUCAUCUCUCUCCUCAUCUUCUCAACAAUGUCGGCGUGAAGCCUACGUCCUUCAUCUGUCUCUUCAUCGUCACUGCUCUCGCCGAGGACGGAGAGGGGAAGACAUUAUGAAAACGUUUGAUGUCGACCCCCAGUGUAGUGUCCUGCUCUGUGUGUUGCUGCAGGUUGUGUGGAUUUCACCCGUGCGUCACACCGUCAGUGUUCAUGUGAGGCGGACUUCACCGUGCACACAACAGAUACCUCAGAUGGAUGCAGAUUUUUUUGGGGACUUGUCUUUUUUAAAGUAUUUUGUAUCAUUUCUUUAGAGUUUAAUCUUUGUUUUAAAUUCAUGGAUUUAUGUUUCCAGAGGUAUUUCAGUGACAUCACAUUUGAGAUGCUCCAGUCAGAAUUUAAAUACGGUGCCUUUCUACUUGGAUGGGGCUGCUGGGAAAACAGGAAGUGACCUUGAUGCCCACUGCGACAGUGUACGUGCUCCGACCAGUGAGUCUGACGGGGCUAGUGGUGGUGGUGGUGGUAGGGGGUUAUGGGGAACCGAGCGGGGGUGUUGGGCUCUUUGAUGCAGAGAUGCUGAAACAGGCAACGGGAACAAAACACACCGACGGGGAAACAAUGAGCCUUCGGAGAACGGAACACAAAGGCAGUGGGACAAAGUGCUGUGUUGUCCUCUCUCUCUCUGCUGGAGUGUCACUGUCUUUACUUCACACCGGUCGUUCCACCUCCACGUUUACUUUGAGCUCAGCAGCUCGUCUCAUUUUCACUGUAUCGACACAGUUCAACUCGUGCAAACUUUGUAAGGCCAUUUUUUUGGACUGAAGAUUGUCUCAUAUUUUAUUUUGUUAUAUGUCAAUGAAGCUUUUUCUUUGCACAGGGCAAAUUUAAUAGAAUUUAAAAUCAUAAUCACAUUUAUUUAUUUUCUUUAUAAUCAAUUGAGAAAUUGUAUUUUUAUGUUUAUUUAUUGGCUAAAAGUACAUAUUAAAU